AUGAGCUACGGCCGUGGAGGAGCCAACAUGGGCUACGUCGGCGACGAUGGCGGAAACGCCCUCAUGCCCGACAAUGCCGACCCUCGUCUGGCAAACACUGCCAACCAACGCGGUGGUGGCCAGUGGUCCUCCCGUGGCCGUGGUCGUGGCGGCCGUGGAGGCUACGUCGGUCACGCAAAUGCCUUCACUCACCACGACAUCGCUACAUCUCAGCCUACUCAGCAGACUGGCGGCAGCUUCGCCACCUCGGGCAUGCAGAGCCUUCUGAACCCCGAGUCGAGCAUUUGGGAGCCUCCCGAGAACAUGGUCACCCGAGGGCCGACCUCUUCUGAGCUGGAGCAGAUGUCUCGCCCUGUCGAAACAGCGAUGAAUCGCCCGACCCAGGGUUCUAACCCCGGCGGUGCUUUCCUCUCGUCUCCUUACGCAGGCCAGAUCAACGUGGCCCAGGAGAGCUUCAGCAGCAGCUCCUCCCAGAGCAGCCAGAAUGCCUCGAGUCUGAAGCACGCCGAUGGCGAGGCUCCGAAUGUUGCUCCCGCCGUCCCGUACAACAGCCCUGUCCAAGAGUACAUGCACGUUCCCCAGGCUCACUUAUCUCACUACAGAGAGCUUGUCAGCGAGGCCCGCAACGCCGGUGCGGUCAACAUCACCAAGGCCCGGGCCAACACCAUCAGCACCGACACUGCUUCGUCUGGUACGGCCUUCGAAGGCGCCUCCAACACGUCUGCAAACGAGAGUCAGCCGGCUUCUGAUGCUGGCCAAGCCUCGGGUAUCGUUCUCAGAAACCCGAUUCCCAAGUCAUCAGGUAUUCCGCAGAGCUUCUCUUGCGGCAUCCUCGGACUCGUCAGCCCGACCUCCUCCAAGGUCGGCGACACGGCUGGCAGCGAGUACCCGUUCAGCCCCGCGAGCUCGGGAAACCACACUGAGCCGCCCAACUACGCUCCACGCACGUCUGUUGACAAUGAUCCUCCGCCCAAGUUUGACCCAAACGGCAUUGUGGGCACGAACGUGCAGCCUGCUGCGCAGAUUGCAGCUGCACAGACUGGUUCUGCCUACACAACUGGCCCAGUUUCUACUCAGCACCAUGCCCAUGCCCAGCCGGUUGUGCAGGGAUAUGCAGCUCUGACGAAUUCUGCCUCUUCUCAGCCCACAGGCGCUCAGCAGCAGCAUCACCAGCAGCUCGUCCGCCUGCUCCCGGCAUCUGAGGAGCCCCAGCAGACGCCCUUGACCGUGGCUCCCGUGGGAGACGGCGUUGCCCGCUCCGCUGAGCUCAACAGGCUGAUCAACACGCCUGGCGGCCUUCCGCUGCUCUCGGUUGCCCUGUCUCCGGAAAACUUUCCGUUUGUGGAGGCACCACGCAUGGCUCAGCCCAUCAAUCGUGGUGUUGUCAAACUCAAGAAUAUUCCAUUUGCGACGAAGCGCUCGGAGGUGAUUGCUUUCGUGGGACGCAACUCCAAGAUUCUGAAUGACUGCGAUGAGCCUGUGCACAUCAUCAUGGAGCGGGUCACGUCCAAGACUAUGGAUGCCUACAUCGAAUUCGUCAACCUCGAAGAGGCGAUGAAGGCCGUGGACAAGCACCACUACAACCUCAAGACGGGCCGCGUGAGCCGUCUUGGUGACCGCCCCAUCGAAGUCGAGCUGUCCAGCCAGGCGAGCCUGAUGAAGGACUUGUUCCCUCUCGCCCGCGGCCUGAUCUGGGAUGGCGCGACCCCCCACUUCAAGCCUUACAAUGAGCAGUUUGCGUGGGAGAACUUUCGUGGUUUCAUCUCAGAGGAGGAGAUGGUCAUGCUGAUCAAGCAUGUCGAGGUCCCUCAUCGGUCUCCCUACUCCAAGGACUGCCCUCAGCGUCCCUACGAGUGCCUCAUCAGCACUCUCAAGAAGUUUCCGUGGUUCGUGACCGACCGUAUCACCCUCAGCCAGCGAUAUGCUAUGUACGUCGCCACAGAGAGGCUCCUCCAGGUUCUCGCCGACAAGGUCAAUCGGAACUGCGACCCGAUCAACCUCACGCCGCAGCUUCAGACGCGUCUGACCAACGCGGCCCUCUCGUGCCCGGGCCUCACGCCCCUGAUGAAGGACAGUAUCUCGUACAUGCUCAACGUCUCCGAGGACGAUCAGCGCUAUUUCGGCCAGCCCCAGCAGGCCUAUUCCUGGCGCCACCAGUACGCGCUGGCGCCCCGACCCGGCGCGCCGCUCGAUGUCAUUGACUGGUACAUCUCCAUUAUUCGAGAGCAGACGCAGCGCGAGAUGCUCACGCGCCCGCACGCCGUGCGACGCGAGCUCCAGGAAAAGGGCGAGCAGACGGACAUGUACUGGGGCUACUUCUGGGCCGAGCUGGGCCACAGCUUCGGUCCCCAGUUCGACAGGAUGACGCUGGCAGAGGUCGCGCACGCCGAGUUCUCGGCCGUGGAGCGCAUCCUGUCCCGUGCUCUCCCUCACUGA